AGCCAUGCAGAAUGCCGACUCCCAGAAGACCCCUAAGCGGCCCCGGCGCGAUGGCAGCCCAAGAACGCCGCCAAACUCCCCUCCUGCAGACGCAGAGACGUCCCCAAGCCACGACCUCGACCCGGACUACCGAACCUGGGGCCCGGAGCAGGUGUGCUCCUUCCUAAGGCACUGUGGCUUCAGCGAUUCGGAGCUGCUGAAACUCUGCCGAGAGAAGAAAAUGACAGGUUCAUUACUGCCCUUUCCUGAAGAUCUUGGAAUAAGUUCCUAUGGGAAGAGAACGAAGCUGCUUAAUUGUAUCCAACAUACAAUGAAGGUGAUCAAUGAUCCUAUCCAUGGCCACAUUGAAUUUCACCCUCUCCUCAUCCGAAUCAUCGACACACCUCAAUUUCAGCGCCUGCGAUACAUCAAGCAGUUGGGAGGCGGUUACUAUGUUUUUCCAGGAGCUUCACACAAUCGAUUUGAGCACAGUCUAGGCGUGGGGUAUCUAGCAGGAUGUCUAGUUCGUGAACUGAGUGAAAAACAACCGGAGCUACAGAUAAGUGAACGAGAUAUCCUCUGUGUUCAGAUCGCUGGUCUUUGUCAUGAUCUUGGUCAUGGGCCAUUUUCUCAUAUGUUUGAUGGAAGAUUUAUUCCUCUUGCUCGACCAGAGAUAAAAUGGACGCAUGAGCAGGGCUCAGUUAUGAUGUUUGAGCACCUCAUCAAUUCUAACGGACUCCAAGAUGUCAUGAAACACUAUGGUCUCAUCCCUGAGGAAGAUAUUGUGUUUAUCAAGGAACAAAUUACAGGACCACUUGAAUCACCCAUCAAAGAUCCUUCAAAGUGGCUCUAUAAAGGGCGCCCUAAAGAAAAAAGCUUCCUUUAUGAGAUAGUGGCCAAUAAAAGAAAUGGCAUUGAUGUGGACAAAUGGGAUUAUUUUGCCAGGGACUGCCAUCAUCUUGGAAUCCAAAAUAGCUUCGAUUACAAGCGCUUUCUUAAGUUUGCCCGUGUCUGUGAAGUAGAUAAUAUGAAGCAUAUUUGUACUAGAGAAAAGGAGGUUGGAAACCUGUAUGACAUGUUCCAUACACGCAACUGUUUGCACCGCAGAGCUUAUCAACACAAAGUUGGCAACAUCAUUGAUACAAUGAUUACAGAUGCCUUCCUCAAAGCAGACGAUUACAUAGAGAUAACAGGUUCUGCAGGAAGAAAGUAUCGCAUUUCUACAGCAAUUGAUGACAUGGAAGCCUUCACUAAGCUGACAGAUAACAUUUUUCUGGAGAUCUUACACUCCACUGAUCCCAAUCUGGAUGAUGCACGAACGAUUUUAAAGAAAAUUGAAUCCCGUAAUCUAUACAAGUUUGUGGGUGAGACUCAGCCCAGGGAAGAAAAAAUUGAAAAGGAAAACUACGAACACCUUCCGAAAGAGAUCGCCAGUGCUAAACCCAGUGAUGUAGAGCUAGAAGCUGAACUAAAGGCUGAAGAUUUGAUCGUGGAUGUUAUCAACAUGGAUUAUGGGAUGGAAGACAAGAAUCCUAUUGAUCAUGUUCGCUUCUAUUGUAAGAGUGACCUCAGCAAGGCAAUCAUGAUUACUAAAAACCAGGUUUCUCAGCUUUUGCCAGAGAGAUUUGCUGAGCAGCUGAUUCGAGUUUACUGUAAGAAGACAGAUGAAAAGACUCUGUUUGCUGCACGACAGCAUUUCGUCCAUUGGUGUUUAAUCAGUAACUUCACCAAGCCACAGGAUGGUGACGUUGUAGCCCCGCUUAUAACACCUCGGAAAUUGGAGUGGAAUACAGCUGGCACCCAGGAAGAGGCCAAAAAAGCCAAAGCCCAGCUUUUCCCAAGUGACUCGAUGUGAAUGUCUGCACUCAAUUGUUUACGCAAAGCCCCUCCCCAUCCCCUUUCCCUCCUCCCCCAGCACAAUUAAUUUAGGGAAUUUGAUCAUAGAGGUCUACAAAUGGAGCGACAGCUAGUGCUUUUUAUAUCUUGAAUGUACGCACAUACUAAGUCAUUUUUAUCCAGAGGAACAGGUAUUAGGCAGACCUUAUUAACAUGAGCUAUGGA